GGAAACUGCAGGCGUGGAUCCCAUUAGGUGAAGCUAUUCGCAGCCCCUGAGCCCGGCCGCAAAUAGCUUCCGCGUGCCUGAGGCUGCCGCUCCCCUCUUCCUCAUCUUCUGGACUUCUUUUCCUCUCCAACUGCUGCCUGCUGCUCUCUCUUCCCUCCAGUGACCUCUCUCGUCGUCUGUCCAUCCUCCCCUGAACCACUAAUUCGAUAAUAUCCAAUUCACCUGGCCCUGCCCCGCCCCCCCCCAGUCUACUCAGCGUCGUUUUCGGUCGUCCCUGUUUGUUUAUAUCGCGUUACCGCAGCACGUUCCCCGGGCAUCUGUUCCCAACAAGAAUCACCAGCUGGCACUUUCGUGGACCUCCGCAUCCGCAUUCGAGCCUACAAAGUCCGUCAGAAUAAGCCUGUUGUUGACUUGAGCUCUCCGUCCUGCGACUCCUUACCUCCCCUCUGCUGUCGUUGCGACUGUCCGUCCUCAUUCCGGGCUCAUGUCACAGGCCCCCCUGAUACCCCUCCCUCUCGCCGUAUCCCUUAUCUCUUGAAACAGUCGCAUCCAUCAUGCAUGAGAUCAGCAGCGGUUCCAAUGUCCGAAGCCUCCUGGCCAAAUUUGAAAGCAACCAGAAUAAUGCCACCUCGCCUCCGUCACGCGGACGAUCCCCGGUGAAUUCGGAUAAUUCGGGCUCUGGCCGGCCGUUGUCAAAGGUUCGAGCAAGCUUCAUUGCGGUCGAGAAAGCUGCCCAUUCCCCCACUGCGACUACCUUUGCCGCAGCCGAGCGACCUCUGCAAAGGACAACUAGUUGGGGCGUCCAGAGCGUUGGCUCAUCAGAAGACGCCAAAGCGGGUAGAAGUUUGGGAUCUUCCCCACAGGGCGAUCGUCCCGAAAUCUCGCCCAAGGUCGUGGAACAAGUCGCAAAUAUCGUCACUUCCUCCAAGGAAGCCGCAGAACGGAUAAUAGGACAGAAAGACUCGGCUAAGGAGAACUCACUGCGAAAAGUCGCAAAUGACGUACCGGGAAAACCGUCGUCGCCCUCGGAUGAUUCGAAACCGAAGUCGGCGCCUGCUUCAAAGACGGCCACAAAGCGUCCACCGAAUAUAAACACCACUAAGAAACCUGUUUCGAAGCCAAUGCCCAGCACAGGGGCGAAAUCGACAGCUGGCCAUCGCUCACCGACAGCGGCUAAUUCCAACUCAUCCAGUACGUCGAAAACCGUACGCCCAAGCAACAAAUCUGUUGCGGGAAAUCUUUCGGGCAAGGAAUCAGUCAAGUCUCCGGGUCAUAGGCCCGGUCGCCCAGCGUUGAGCUCUAUCCAAUCUACAGCACGCACAACUCGUGCUCGUUCUUCAACACCCGUUCGUGCCACCACCAAAUCUACAACAUCCAAGAGCCAUCCUGCCUCCCCAGAUGCCAGCGAGAAUCAGACCAAGUCCCCCAGUCGCCAAAAUCGUCGACCGGUAUCGAUGACAGCUCCUAGUUUGUCUACAUCGAGAACCGCAAGUGCGUCCCGGUCGCCAACUAGGACAGCGCACACGACUUCUGGCUUGUCACGAAAGCCGUCAUCGACAUUGAAAUCCACGAACGGCGCAGUGCAUCCACGGAUAACUGCUGCUACUAACGCGAGCGUCCGUAAACAAUCCUCGCGUCUCUCUCUCGCAAACAACGCGAGCAAUGAUCGGCCAGGAUCUCGUGCUAGUACGGUCGGCACCAAGCCAGUUGCCGACGGGUUUCUCGCGCGGUUGACAAGACCCACUGCGAGUUCUGCCGGCAAAGCUCAUGAGAAGAUAGAAGUGAAAAGUCCCCCGAGACCUGCGAAGUCUGCUAAAGCUCCUCCGAAGAAAACUGUCGAAAAGGAACCCCACCGCACGCACGCAAUAAAGGGGAAGGGAGGAUCCGAAAAGAACAGCCAGAAGGAAAAUUCUACCGAGAAUCAUGAAAAGCUCAACAGAGAUUCCAAUUCUCAUCUUUCGGAACCUUUGAAAGAGUACCAGACUCAUCUAGAGACCCUGAACGUGCCCUAUGAGCAGCCUGUUGAAGAGCCGAUCCCUGACCUUACUUGGGAACCCGUUAGAGAGCGACCUGGGUAUCCCCGGGCACCUAAGCCUAGGUUCACAGAAGUUGAGGAUAAGCAUGUUCCGGCGACAGUAAAUGAGCCUGCGGAAAAACCAUCAGAGAAACCAGUGGAGGCGACAACAGAGAAGGAAGUUAGCCCAGCAACAACGGAGCCUCCAGUGCAAUCAUCUGCAGAUCCGUCGACCGAACAGAAACCAGCUGAACCACCUACCGGGGAUGCGAUGGAAAAUACCUCGGAGCGGCCAGUUGAUCAGGGGAAGCACGAGGUGGAAUUACCAGUGGAAUGUGCAGUCGAAAAACAAUCCACGGAGACACAGGCUCAGUCCGCCGAAGAGAAGAUCGAGUUGUCAAUCGAGAAUACAGUGGAAUCCUCGACGGAAAAGCCGGUUGGGCCAAAUGUGCAGAAAACGGAAUCGACUGCCGACGAGCCCCUUGAGGCCUCUCUAACACAACCUGAGGAGAAGGCUGAGCUUUCUGCGGAUAAACCACUUGAGAGUGCUAUAGCAGUAUCCGCUGAGAAGCCUGAACAGCCCAUUGAUAUUCCUCUCGUUUCUACAGAAGAAUCCAAUGAUGCGGUUUCAUCGGCUCCUGAACAUCCUUCCCCAGCCGAGGAUGCGCCACCAGUAAACGAAGGAACCGAUUACUCUACCGAACCCCCGAAAGAGAUCGCACCGGAAUCUGUGGAAGAGGCCGAUGGGAUUGAAACGCCAGCGGAGAAAGCAGUCGACACCGCAGUAACCGCCGCAACAACGGACAUAGCCCCUGCUACGAAUGAUAUGAAUCACAAUGGUUUUUGCAUAGGUGGUUCUUAA